GAAAUUUUAUUUUAUAUAUAACAAAUAUGGCUCCCCACUCAAGAGUUGCUAUCGUCGGUGCUGGUGCUGUCGGUGCCUCAACUGCAUACGCCCUUAUGCUCAAGGAUGUCGCCUCUGAAAUCAUGAUUGUUGAUGUUGUUGCUGAUAUUGUUAAGGCCCAAACCCUUGAUCUCAGUGAUGCCGGCCUCAUCAGUUCAACAAAAAUCCGCGCUGGUACCAACCAGGAGGCCGGUCAAGCCGACAUUAUUGUUAUCACUGCUGGUGCCAAGCAGAAGGAAGGAGAGGCUAGAACUGAACUUGUCGGCCGCAACUACAAGAUCCUUGAAAGCAUCAUUGGUCAGAUGCAACCCAUUCGUCCUGACGCAGUUAUGAUCUUGGUUUCCAAUCCUGUUGAUGUAUUGACAGCCAUUGCUCAAAAGCUAUCCGGCCUCCCCCCUAACCAGGUUAUUGGUUCCGGCACCUUCCUUGACACCUCCCGUCUUCGUGUCUUUUUGGCCGAGACUCUUCAUGUAAGCCCCAAUGCUGUUCACGCCUACGUCUUGGGUGAGCAUGGUGAAUCGCAAAUGAUCGCAUGGAAUGCUGCAAGUGUUGGCUGCAAACCCCUCUUGUCUUUCCCCGAGAUCCAAGCACUUGAUAAGGAAGAGGUUCACCAGACUAUUCGUGGAAAGGCCAUGGAAAUUAUUCGUCUCAAGGGCUCGACUUACUAUGGCAUUGGUGCCUGCGCCGCUGACCUGUGCGAGUCCAUCAUCUUGAACAAACUUGAUAUCCGCCCCCUCUCUGUCUUUGUUGAAAAGUACGGUGCUGUUUUGUCUAUGCCUGCCAAGCUUGGCUGGAACGGUGUUGAGGAUGUUUAUGAGAUUCCUCUCACUGAUGAGGAGGAGGAACAGUUCGCUGCAAGUGCCAAGGCUAUGAAGGAAAUUGUGGAGGGGCUUAACUAGACUAAAAAUCUCAUCUUAUCUAUCUCUUUUCGUUCUCUUUUCGCAUGUAAAUUUUUUCAACUAUUUUCAUAUUUUUUAAUCUCCCAGUGGCAUUUUGUCCCACAUAUUCUACCAACUAAAAAAAAGUUUCUUUUUUUUGUCUCAAUAAUGACACGUUCUGCUUUGUGUCACCACAAGGAGGGUCUCUGUAUGAGCUGAUGUUAGGCAAUGG